UUAUUCUAUCUCUGGCAUUGACCGGCGCUAUUACCAACAUUUUGAAGAUCACUACCGGAAGGCCCCGUCCUGACCUCAUAGACCGAUGCGCUCCUCGUGCGGACGGACCAGAAUAUUAUGAAGGAUGGUUGGAGGAGCUUUGCCAGUGGACACUCGAGUCGUACGUCGCCCUAAACCCUGAAACUGUUCCGGGUAAUAACAAUCGUGUUACUGACGGUCCACUAGACCACGGUGGCCACACCGCCAAAUCCUGGCUCGCCGUUUUACCCCUGUUUGGCGCUACGAUUAUCGCAAUCACUCGUACUAUGGACUACCGUCACCACUACCAAGAUGUAUUUGUUGGCAUGGUUGUGGGACUGGUGGUGGCAUAUUUUUCUUAUCGUCAAUACUAUCCAUCUUUGGAACACCCACUAUGUCACCGCCCAUACGCCCCUCGGUUCGCGCCGAUCGAACCUCCAAAGUCCCAGCAAGGAGAAAACCCUAUGCCUGCCGCUGAAGAAACCACCGCACUCGAGGCGCAGCAGCAGUAUCAUGGCAAGGGUAAAGGAAAGGACAUCGAGGCGCAAAUGAUGACGGAAGGAAAGGAAGAUGUCAUGGACCAUGAUGCGGCAGGCAC